GGCGGCGCUGGCGAGAGGGAAGCAGCGGCGGCGGCGCUAGCGGAGGUGGCGCUGUGAGAGGGCGCCGGUCUGACCGGCUCCUCGGAGCAGGGCGCGCGCGAGUCAGGCGACUCCGCCUCUCCGCUCCGUGCCCUGCCUGCCAAAGGUUGCGGUUCCUGUAGGCCUGGCUCGACCGCUACUCCUGCCCGGCGCCGCCCCCACCUGGCUUCCCCCGUGACCGGGUCUGGCCGUGCCUUGGCCGCCUGCGAGUUGGGGGGGGGGCGGUCUGUGCCGGCUGGUCUCCUGGCUCGGGACCGGCACGUUUAUUGGCUUCCUGUUGUGUAGCCGGAUAGCGAAAGGCCCGGAGGAUGCGCGGCAAGCGGCGUCCCGCCUAACAAGGCCGCAGUUGGCAACGGUGUGCAGAGGCAGCAGCGGAUCUUUCGCUUGCGACCCGAUUCGGAGCGUUGCCGGGGGCCAAUUCCUUAACUGCCCGAUUUAAGUACGUACAAACGGCUGCGCGCUGUUUGUGCUUCUGUGAGGACCACACGUAAUGGCUUUUUCUCCCUUCCCAACCUUUGCCCCCGCAGUCAAUAAAUCAACAAAAGACUUAAAGCGGUGCCAUGUAGUUCAGUUGGAUCCAACGGUAGAUGUGGAUUAUAACGCAGAUAUCUGACGAUUUACACUUCAUAGUUAAGUGUAAAAAAUGGAGAUUAGAGAGUGAAAACAGGAGAGAAAUCAGACAAGGAUAAACUCUGCCUCAAGAGUGCCUAGUGGAGAAUGCAAUGGGAUCAAUAGCAUGUCUGCGGAGAGUGGCCCUGGGACAAGACUGAGAAAUUUACCAGUAAUGGGGGAUGGACUAGAAGCUACACAAAUGUCUACAACACAGGCACAGGGCCAAACCCAACAAGGCAAUACUUCAGCUAAUAACCCACCUCCACCAGAGACCUCAAAUCCUAACAAACCCAAGCGUAUGACCAACCAACUGCAGUAUCUGCUCAAAGUGGUGCUCAAGACACUAUGGAAACAUCAGUUUUCAUGGCCUUUCCAGCAGCCUGUGGAUGCUGUCAAACUAAACCUCCCUGAUUAUUAUAAAAUUAUUAAAACUCCUAUGGAUAUGGGAACAAUAAGGAAACGCUUGGAGAAUAACUACUACUGGAAUGCACAAGAAUGUAUCCAGGACUUCAAUACAAUGUUUACAAACUGUUAUAUCUAUAAUAAGCCAGGGGAUGAUAUUGUUUUAAUGGCAGAAGCUCUAGAAAAACUUUUUCUGCAGAAAAUAUCUGAAAUGACGCAGGAAGAAACUGAAAUUGUUAUAGUCCAGACAAAAGGAAGAGGACGGGGGAGGAAGGAAACAGUUACAUCCAAGGCUGGAGCAUCAACGGUACAGAAUACAACUCAAGCAUCAUCCCCACCACAGACGCAGGCUUCACAGCCAAAUCCUCAGCCGGUGCAAACAACUCAUUCCUUUCCUUCUGUGACCCCUGAUCUUAUUGUCCAGACGCCAGUAAUGACGGUGGUGCCUCCCCAGCCUCCACCACCACCACCUCCCCAGCCUCCCCCUCCCCCUCCUUCAGCUUCUGCUCCCCAACCCAUUCAAACACACCAACCAAUUAUCCCAACUGCUGCACAGCCCAUGAAGACAAAAAAAGGUGUGAAGAGGAAAGCAGACACUACAACUCCAACAACAAUAGACCCGGUUCAUGAGUCCUCAUCACUGCCCACAGAACCCAAGGCUGUCAAGACAGGUCCACGAAGAGAAAGCCGACCAGUGAAGCCGCCUAAGAAGGAUGUUCCAGACUCUCAGCAGCAUGUAGUAGAGAAGAGUAGCAGUAAUAAAGUGUCAGAGCAAUUAAAAUAUUGUAGUGGCAUCAUAAAAGAGAUGUUUGCUAAGAAGCAUGCUGCCUACGCAUGGCCCUUCUACAAACCUGUGGAUGUGGAAGCACUUGGGCUUCAUGAUUACCGUGAUAUCAUUAAGCAUCCCAUGGAUCUGAGCACAAUUAAAUCAAAACUGGAGAACCGGGAUUAUAGAGAUGCUCAGGAAUUUGCAGCUGAUGUCAGAUUGAUGUUUUCCAAUUGUUACAAGUAUAAUCCUCCUGAUCAUGAGGUGGUUGCUAUGGCACGGAAACUGCAGGAUGUAUUCGAGAUGCGUUUUGCUAAAAUGCCAGAUGAGCCUGAAGAACCUGUGAUUCCAGCUUCCUCUCCAGUAGUGGUGCAGCCUCCACCCAAAGUGCCCCCACCUUCAUCCAGUGAUAGCAGCAGUGACAGCUCCUCUGAUAGUGACAGUUCAUCCGACGAUUCUGAAGAAGAACGAGCUCAGCGGCUAGCAGAGCUCCAGGAACAGCUUAAAGCAGUGCAUGAGCAGUUGGCUGCCCUGUCCCAGCCACAGCAGAACAAACCAAAGAAGAAGGAGAAAGACAAGAAAGAAAAGAAAAAGGAGAAGCACAAAAAGAAAGAAGAAGUAGAAGAGAAUAAAAAAAAUAAAACCAAGGAUCCACCACCUAAGAAGGCCAAGAAAAAUAAUGGCAGUAACAGUAACUCAAGUAGUAAGAAGGAGCCCGUGACUCUGAAGAACACCAAGCCACCUCCUGCUUAUGAGUCUGAGGAGGAGGAAAAAUGUAAACCAAUGUCUUACGAAGAAAAGAGACAGUUGAGUCUGGACAUUAACAAACUCCCUGGUGAAAAACUAGGCCGGGUUGUCCAUAUCAUCCAGUCAAGAGAACCCACGCUGAAAAACUCCAAUCCUGAUGAGAUUGAAAUUGACUUUGAGACAUUAAAGGCAUCCACAUUGCGGGAGCUGGAAAGAUAUGUAACAUCUUGUUUACGGAAAAAGAGGAAACCUCAAGCAGAGAAAGUGGAUGUAAUUGCUGGUUCCUCUAAAAUGAAGGGGUUCUCCUCCUCAGAGUCUGAGAGCACCAGUGAGUCCAGCUCCUCCGACAGUGAAGAUUCAGAAACAGAAAUGCCUCCAAAACUUAAGAAAAAAGGACAUUCUGGACGAGAACAGAAGAAGCAUCACCAUCACCACCAUCAGCAGACGCAGCAACAGCCACAGCCACAGCCACAGUUGCAACCACAGCAACUGCCUCCACCACCUCCUUCAGCCCCUCAACAAGCAGCCCCUCCAGUCAAAUCCUCUCCUCCAGCUUUUGUCCCAGUGCAGAUCCCAGUUAUGGAGCAUCCGCUCCCAGGGAAUAUGUUUGACACUAUUUCACAUUUCACUCAACCGAUUAUACACCUUCCUCAGCCAGAGAUGCCACCCCAUCUCCCUCAGCAGCCUGAGCACAGCACUCCUCCUCACUUGAAUCAGCAUACAGUAGUUUCUCCUCCAGCUUUGCACAAUGCUCUGCCUCAGCAACCCUCAAGACCUAGUAAUCGAGCUGCAGCACUCCCCCCUAAACCUGCUCGGCCUCCCGCAGUGUCACCAGCUCUUAACCAGCAACCCAUGCUUCCACAGCCCCCACUGCCCCAGCCUCCCCAGGAGCUUUUAGAGGAUGAAGAACCUCCUGCUCCUCACCACAACCUGCUGAGUAGUAGCCAGAUGCAGCUGUACAUUCAGCAGCUACAGAAAGUGCAGCCACAGACUUCUCUCCUCCCUUCAGUGAAGGUCCAGUCGCAGCCUCCGCCAUCCCUGCAACCUCCCCCUCAUGCUCCAGUGCAACAGAUGCAGCAUCAGCCACAGCAGAGGCCAGUACAUAUGCAACCAAUGCAGUUCCCUCCCCAUAUCCCUCAGCCUCAGCCACCUCCGCAGCAGCACCUACUCCCACAGCAGCAACAGCCGCCGCCACCACAGCCGUCAAAACCCCAGCAAGUCAUCCAACACCACCCCUCGCCACGACAUCACAAACCAGAUCCCUAUUCAGCUGGUCAUUUGAGAGAAGCACCUUCUCCUCUCAUGAUGCAUUCCCCACAGAUGCCACAGUUCCAGGGGCUGCAACAUCAGUCUCCACCGCAACCAAAUGUCCAGCCAAAAAAACAGGAACUGAGAGCCGCAUCUGUGGUUCAAUCACAGCCUAUGGUAAAAGAAGAAAAGAUGCAAUCCCCAGUCAUCCGAAAUGAGACUUUCAGCCCAGCCUUGCGGCAGGAUCCUCCCAAACACCCAGAGAGCAUCAAGCCACCUACACAUAUCCAACAACGAACAGAGAUGAAGCCAGUGGACAGUGGGCGGCCUGUUAUAAGACCCCCAGAGCAAAAUCCACCACCUGGAGUCCAGGACAAAGAGAGACUGAAGCAGGAACCAAAAACACCAGUUGCCCCUAAAAAGGAUUUGAAAUUAAAGAAUAUGGGCUCCUGGGCAAGCUUAGUGCAGAAGCACCCCACUGCACCAUCCUCUACAGUGAAAUCCAGCAGCGACAGCUUUGAGCACUUCAAGAGGGCAGCCCGGGAAAAGGAGGAGCGUGAGAAGGCUUUGAAGGCUCAGGCAGAACAAGCAGAAAAGGAAAAGGAGCGGCAGAGACGGGAGCAAGAGAGAAUGAGGAGUCGUGAAGAGGAGGAUACUCUGGAGCAAGCUCGUCGAGUUCAUGAAGAAGUCCGACGGCGCCAGGAACAGCCACCACAGCAUCAUCAACCACCACCACCACCACCACAGCAGCAGCAGCAGCAGCAACAGCAGCAGCAGCAGCAGGUGUCAGCAGCAGCCUCUGCUCCCCAAGCACAGAGCUCUCAGCCGCAGACUUCUCAGUCCAUGCUGGACCAACAGAGAGAGAUGCUCAGAAAACGAGAGCAGGAACGAAGACGCAGGGAGGCAAUGGCAGCUACUAUCGACAUGAAUUUCCAGAGUGAUUUGUUGGCAAUAUUUGAAGAGAAUCUUUUCUAAUAGCGCCUGGUUUUCUUUGCCUGACUCCUUAAUUUCCUGGCAAAUCUUUGACUCUCCAUAGUGUUGUUGGCGGCUGGGAGGAGAGCAUUCCUGCAGCCUUUCUGCAUGUGUGACAGAUGCGGCCUCAGAAGGAUCAGCAGAGUCUGCCUUACAAUGUGACUUUCUUCCCCACCCCGCCUCACUGAAGAAAGAAAGACCAAGACAAGCCAACUCUGUACUAGGUUUGAGUCAGUGGACUGGGAAGGGUGCCCCUGAUCACUUGAUAUUCUCUAUGCCAAACUUACUUGCAGUAUAUCCAGGACUUAAUGCUGUUCACCCCUUUUCUAUUCUUAAGAGUUCUGAGUUACAGAAUGUCUUUGACUCUACAAUGCUGUGUGCUUGCAGCACAAGACACUCUGCAUUGAGAGGCUGUGUACAAGAAGACAUACAAGCUGUUCUGAGUCCUGUCAUCACUGGCUUUGCCUUUAACUAAACUUCCCACAAGCCUGUAGCUGGGAGCCAUUCUCUGUAAGUGUUCGCUUGUGAAAAAGGGAAUAAUUUAGCGGAGGUGUCAAGUGUACCUGGCGAUUUGAGUGAGGUUUCUGUUUUUAGCAUUGUGUGGAGGUCCAGGAAUCUGAGCUAGACUACCAACCAAAGUCAGUUUCUUUCAAUCUGUUUAUUUUCCUCCAGACAAAUUGGCACUGCUCAGCUCUUGAGUGGGUAUUCUUGUCUCUUCAUUAUGGAAUGGAGUGGGGAAAACAUUAGCACCAGGGGUAUCUCCCACCCUGUCAAUAGUGUUUGACUGUGGCUGUAUUGUAUAGUGAAUAUAGUUGGCAUAUAUUUGUUUGAGUUUUAUUGGUGAGCCCACCAAACUCUGUAAAGACACUGCUUAUAUUUUGCUCAGUUCCAGACUUUUCAUCUAUAUUUUUAACUGUAAUACCAGAAAGAUACAUUUUGGGUUUUAAAUGUCAUGGAGUCUGUUAAAUUAGUUUUUUAUACAGCAAAGGAGCAGCUCCAAGGAGGGAGUGGGAGUGGACUUGGAUCAGCAGGAAGGCCUGCUCCUCUUGCCUUCAGUUGAGUUCUCUCACACACUAGCAGUGAUCGUUUUCCCAGCACCUUUAGUGGUUUUUUUCCAUUUUACUCUUUGAAUUGUUCCAAGUUUAUGUGCCAUAAAUACCCACUAUACAGUACAAUACUGGUGUGUCAGUAUUGGCCAAUCUCUGGAGUAAUUAAUUGGUUUUACUUUAAUACGGUGAAUAUGCAUUUGGUCUGUACUGAUCAUGGAAUAAACUCAUCUCUUUUUUUUUUAAAGUUUGUGUCGUACUGACAUUUCUUUUAAAUCCUGCUUGUGGUGAAAUUACUUAAUGGGGUGAAGCUGCAAAAGGACAGCUUGCCCCCUCACUUGUCUUGCUCCAGCAAAGAAGGGAAUUCUCCAGCCACAAUUAGCAGGGUUUCUGUCUUGUCACAAACCUGGGAAAAGCUUUCCCUGGGAGCAAUCCUAAAGCAACAGAAUUCCAUACAAACUGUAGGAAGACAAAGUAUCAAGCAGUUGGUGCCUUCUCAGAAGAGACUUUCCCAGAAGGCAUCUUACCCCAUGGCUGGUUUCAUGCUGUAGAACUAAACCAAAAGUUGGAGAAGACCAUGCAGGGAUUGCUCUCAGUUACUUCCUAUUCCUGCAGUGGACAAAUAUUAGCAAAUGUAAGAUGUAGCUCUCAGCAACGAAAAUUGGUCCACUUCAGUUGCAAUGAGAAAGAGGCAAGGUUUGUCUGCUUAUGGACAAUGGUCCUCCAAGCCUUGGACAAGUCGCAUGUUGUCAGUGAAAUACUUUGUUUUAAAUUUGACUGCCUGAAAAGUGCUUAGGUUUGGUGCAUUUGGACUGGCUGCAGCUGACACCUUGAGGAUCCAGUGAAAGGAGAGGAAGGAAUAGAUAGUUCAGCUUUCUGUACUCUUCCUCCAAACAAGUGUUCUCGUAGGUACUCCUGGCCCCAGAAUUUGACAGUGUAGAGCUUGUGUUGAUACCUCUCUUGACAAAAUGUGACUGUUCUGACAGAAACUGUCCUGAGUCUGAGUCAGUGGGAUUGGCCUAUCGAACACUGUUAUUCAGUAUGCUUAUUCCUGGCAGCUCGGGCCCUCCCUGGCUAGCUGCUGUAGAGGAUGCUAUCACUUUGUGUGAACACCUCAAACCAACCUCACUUCUGCACGUUCAGCCAAAGACAUCCCUAUUUUCCCAUAUGACAGAAGUUUUGAAAGACAGUUCGCAUAAUUUGCCAUCAUCUCUUCACUCAUAUGAGAUGCAUUGCCCAACUAGAUUAUAAAUGGCCAAAUGGGAGAUAAAACUCAGCCUUGUAUUAUAUAAUAUGUAUGUUGUGAAGAGGGUGGUGUCCAAAAUGACAUAAGUAUAGGUAGCUACUUAUGCGGGGCUACCUCCAUGUCUCCAGACCUGGAAAAGACUGUACUACCCUUACUCCUCAUGUGAUUUUCCAUAGUGUAUUGGGAGGAGUGGGAAAGGGGGUACCUAAGGUAGCUCUCAACUGCCUCUGAUUAGUAUUGCCCUUGCAUCUUUCGGUCCUUUUCAGCAUCAAUCUCAGGUCUUUUUGCAACAGGUGUGUAUUGUGGCCUGCUGCACAGCUCCAAGACCAGGCUAUAGGCUGCCACUGUCAGAUGGCAUGGCAGACCGUGUGUCACCCAUUCCCAGCCUAACUUUGGACUUGGCCUUUCAAUGAGCAAUUAAAUCUCUAUGCCCUUAGUUGUCAGAGGUGCAUGGAGCAGUAGCCAUGUACUGAAGGGAACAGACUGAAUUUAGGGGCCAGUGAUUCUUUGGUAUUCUUAUGAGCUGUUGGUCUUCACACUGAAUUUUUACCUAAAGGUGCCUUUUUAACUCUACAUCAUUAGAAGAUCUCCAUGCUUUUCUGUGUAGAGUACCAGACAGUUGGGUACUUUGAGGGAGUGAAGGGGUGUCUAAAUAAGAGAUGCUCCCAAGGUAGCCUCUGUGAAGGCUAUUUGAGUAUUACCUUGCUGAAAGGAUGUGCAAGUAGGUGUUGGUCAAGUUUUCUGCCACCACGAGUUGCUUAAAGCAAGCAAAAAGUUGUCUGUGUUCUUCUUCCUGGUAGUUGCCAGUCUUGAGAAGGCCAAGGGGGUGUUUGCACUUCCAUCUCCAAGCCCAGCAGAUCUGUAUUAGGAAUGGGCUAGACUUCUGGCCAAUGAUUGCCCUUAGCUUUAAAAUGCAACUGUGUAGUCUGAAAGAUGCUGGGUUUCUGAGGACUGUGCACUGGCCGGGGGGGGGGGGGUCACUGUAUGCUUGGGAACGUGUAGCUGUUCAUUUUUUGGACCAACAUAAAGGUAGUCACAGUACGCUGGAUUGUACACAAAACUAGCUUCCACCCUUUAACUGCUGACGUGUGAGCAUUAUUGCGAGAUGUUGAAUCUCUCUCACACGCAGAUUUUUUUGUGAAGGUUUAAUUGAUGGAUUAGCCCUUGGUUUUAAAUUGUAUCCCAGAAAUUGUCAGGGAAAGGGGGCUCAUAUUACUGUGGCUACGGCUCAGAAGUAAGUAGAAAGAGCCCCUUGCAUCCCCUCCUCUUCCCUGUGCCACUUGCGCAUCCUAUUUACUACAAGUUCAUUAACUGGCCUUAAUCUUCUCUUCUUGGCUCUUUUUGUGCAGAUCUUUGAUGGGGAAGUAGGAACUUUGGCUUCCCUUCGGAACGUUGUUCUGAUCUUUUCAUUUCCAUUGCCAGUCCUUUCUCACAGUAUUCCUUGCCCCCAUGUCUCCCCCACCCCCACUUGCCCUUUUUACGAAGCACUUUGGAUGAUCAUCUCCCUCCUUUAAUUUUAAGCUCAGGGUUUUUGGGGUACUUUUAGUGCACAUCCGCUGUAAGAGUUGAUCACAGAUGAGCUCACAUCCACUGUAAGAGUUGGUCACACAUGAGCUCAUCACAAUUGUACAUAAUAAAACCGCACCAUACUGACAAAAAUAAAGGCAUAACAAAAUGGAGAUGCUGGAACUUCUACCAAGAGAGCACCCUCGGCUGUAAAAUUUUAAAAAUAUAUAAUUUAUAUGUAUGCAAAGAACAACACCCCUUGUAUCUAGUCAGUAGUGAGGUUAGUCCUUUUUUAAUGUUAACCCCUCUUUUUGCAUUUGACAUUUGCCAAACCUUGUCGGUAGUUGAGAGUUCCAAGUAGUGAUAGAGUUUUUUAGAUUGGUGGCUUACUCAGCUGUCUCGUUCUUCUUCCUCACUCUCCUCCCCUCCUUUCUAUCUUUUGCAAACUUCUUGAAAUGUUUACAGGCUUGCACCUAUCUACUUUAAUUUUUUUAAAGCUGUACUUGGUAUUUUAUUUUUACACAUUUCUGAAUGAUGAACAUAGGGUGAUAUCGUUAGUUGGGACAUGAUUUUUUUUUCUGCCAAAGGUAUUUUUUUGCUAUUCUUGUGUUUUAUUUUUCUGUUUUUACAAAAUGUUUGUGUUUAUAAUUUGUUUGUCAUUCAGACUGAGACAUAUUUAAUUUCCCUUUCUUCCCCCAACCCCAUGUAUGAUUUUAACAAUUACAGACAUUAGAUGUAGGAGUCUAGCCUAAAUGAUGUAAUCUUGUUUAUUUUUUCCCCUUCUUCAGUCUUGUACAAAUGAAUAAGAGAAAUGUACAAUCCCACUGUACUUAAUGCACGGAACGCUUGGCAAAUAAUUAUGUCAGUGAAUUUGAAACUUGUAUUAAACACUUUAGACAUUUGUAGAAGGGAAUUCAUAGAAUUUUCACUUAUAUACUAAAGGUUUUUUGUGCAGUUCUCAUUGCAAAAAAUAAACAUUUGUACUGAAGUUAUGAAGUACACUUUUUCUUUGAUCUUUUGCUCUUGUACAGGAAGACUUGGCAAAGACUACACUGAAUGUUGGGUCCCAGCUCAUCAACCGGUUUCCCUCACAGUUCAAAUUUCAGUUGCAUGUUGUACAAGCAAGUCUGCCCCAUACCAAAUGUUGAAACUUCAGGACUGCAACUCAUUAAAAUAGGAGACCACAGUCAAAAUCCAAAGCUGCCAGACAGUACUAAAAACACGAUGUUUUGUUUAUUUAUUUAUAUUAAAUUUGUAUAGAUCUCAGGACAGUUCACAGCAUAAAAAUACAAGAUUAUAGGACAAAAUAUAUAAUAAAAAUAAGCAAAAAACCAAAACACCAGUAACCUCUGUUCCUCCUGCCCAACACAUUUUAAAGGGUAUAGGAUGUAUAUUAGCCCAAGGCCUGGUUGAAGAGGAACAUAUUCACCUCUUCAGCCUCAAGCAACAGCAAAGGAUCAAGAAGUACCCCCCCCCCCAAGCUACAUACCUGCUCGUUCAGAGGGAGUGUAACCCCACCAACAGCAGACAAUCUCCCAUCCACCCAGUUUAAAGAACCGUUUCAGUCGUAUCUGGAUUGAACUGCAAUUUGUUAGUUCUCAUCCAGUUAAUUACCAAGGCAAGACAACAUUCCAGCACAUCCACUGCCAUACCUGUAGAUGUAAUGGAAAAGUAGAUCUGAGUGUCAUCAGCAUAUUGCUGACAACGUACUCCAAACUUCUGCAUAACCUCACUCAGCAGUUUCAUGUAAAUGUUAAGCAGCAUAGGAGGUAAAAUCAAAUCCUGAGGAACCCCACACUGAAGGCUCCAUGGUGCCGAAAAACACACUCAAACAUUAUACUCCAGAAAUGUCCAUCCAAGUAGGACUGGGACCACUGCAAAACAGUGCCACCCACCCUUAAUUUGGACAGUUGCUCCAGAAGGAUACCAUGGUUGAUGGUAUUUGAAAGCUGCUGAGAGGUUGAAGAAAAUUAACGGGCACAUUCCCAUCUCCUGACAGAGAUCCUCAAACUGGGCAACCAAAGCAGUGUCUGUGCCAAACUUGGGUCUAAACCCUGACUAAAAUGGAUCUAGAAAAUCAGUUUCCUCCAAGAGCACCUGAAUAUGAUGCGCAACCACUCACUCAAGAACCCUGCUCAUGAAGGGAAAGUUAGCAACUGGCUGGUAGUUGUUAGAUUUUCUGAAUUGAAGGAGGGUUUCUUGAGGAGUGGUUUUACCACUGCCUCCUUCAAGCAGGCAGGGACCACCCCCUCUCACAAGGAGGCAUUAAUCACCUCCCUGCUAGUUUUCAUCAGCCAAGAGGGGCAAAGGUCCAGAGGAUGUUAUAAGGUCAGCAGUGUGCCAUAACCCCCAUAAUCUACCUGCCUCCUUGAGUGAAUUGUGUCAGUCCUGCCUUUAAACAAUAUGAUUUUGAUUUUUUCUCUCUCUCUCAUUUUAUGCUAGUUUUAAUGUAUGUUAUUUAUUUAUUUAUUCAUUUAGUCAUUAAUUCAUUUGCUGUUGUUAAUUCACUUUGAGUGAACUUUUAUUAAAAAAAAUACCAACCAGUAAGUUUAUUAUUAUUAUUUUAUAUAACCCAUUAUCCUACCUCCCCACCAUAGCUGCUUACAACCAGUCCAAAUAAAAAAGGUUUGCAACAAUCCUGAAACAGCCUCGGACUCUGCCGAGUCUUCAGGAGAAGGAAGCCCUGCAAUUGCAGAAGUUGCCAUUGAGAGUGUGCACAGAUGGUGAUCUCAAGCAGGCUAGUAUCACCAGCAUCUUUAAGAGGCGUACACCAUCAAAGGGCUUUGCAACCAAAACUAGCAUCUUGAGUUGAAUUGUAUCCAGAAAUCACUGAGGAGCAAGUGGAAAUACUCAAAAGGGCUGUAACAUUUUCCUUACAAUCUGCCCCUGCCAGGACAUACACUCCUGCAUUCUGCUCAAAGUUUAAAACCCUAGAACAGCUGGUAUUUUGGCAAAGAUGAAUUAUCAUGAUGGGCACUCCAUUGCUACAGAAAUGAUAAAAACAGUAGUGAUGUGACAACCGUUUGAAUCUGCUAUGUGACUGAUUACAUCAAAUAUCAGAGCAAUAGUAAUAGGAUUGCAUGGCCAGAAUAUAAAGUGGGGAUCAGUGUUGCUCAGUGUGCAGGUGCCUACAAAACCACUAGUAGAAGGAAGAACUGUAAAACAUUCAAGUCUUUGUUCGUUAUGAUCUCCCCAAUUCACAGUUUUAAAGGCUAUUUUGAUCAGAUGACCCCUCUUUUAAGGGAAGCGUUACAAAUUGGAAAAAUCUCUGCUCUUAGUCCCACUUUACAGCAGACUGACUUAAUCCAGUAUACUUUUUACUACAAAUAGUUUUGUAUGUAGUACAGGCAGCAGCAGGCAAUACUGGCAGCAGCUGCAGUGGAGUGCUAUUCCCACUGCUGCCCGCUACUCCUAAUUUCUCCACGAUUCAUGGAGACAGUUGGCGUUGCUGAGGGGGAAGAGCAAAGCACCACCCUGCCUUCCCCCUAGAAGGGAGAGGGUGUGGUUGCCUACCCUAGGUGAGCUUCUGCUGCAAUUGCUGAUUCCCCACUCCACCAGACCUUGCUUGUGAGGCAGAGUAAGUCCCAGUAUGCCGAUGAGCUUGCUUUUUAUAGGUUUAUGUAUGAAAGCAGAUGGGGUACCUCUCCUCAAUUCUGGAAGGUGAACAUACUUCAAAACUCUUCUGAUGGGUGGGAAAUUAAAGCUGACAUUGGAACAAACACAUGAGCUGAUUUUCACACACACACACGAUUAAUACCAAUUUUCACUAUUAUUACCAUAGGGUACACACAAUGAUACAAUUCUGUUCAUAGUGGUGGAAUGAUCACACCUCAUAUAAUCAAAUUGGAUAUUGACAGGCUCCCUUACUAGAGGGUAUUGUUAAAUUUCUAUAACACCCAUUUGAAGAUCACAGGGCAGUUUACAAUAUAAAACCACAGAAAUGCAUACCAUAAUAACAAACAAAACCAAUAACCCCACACACAUAGUUUAAGAGGCCAUAGCUCGUUAUUUAUAACAGUAUACAAGCGAGCACGUUAUUAUUCUUAUCAGAUGCACAUCGGUAUUGGUUUGCAUAUAGCGGUAGUAGUAUACAGGGUUUCUUUUUCUAGAAAAAGGUGGUGGAACUUGCUGAGCAUCCACCCAAAUUUGUUGAGCUGAAAGGCUGCCAGAAUGCGCCUAAGAGGUUCUGCUGAGUUCCGGCUUUAAAAAGCCCUGGUAUUAUAUACCCAUUCCUAGUAAUGGCAAGCUCUGGAAACGUUCCCAUGUCCCACAAGUAAUUAUUGCCAGCAAGUCUGCAAUCCUUAAUUGAGGAUACAUUCAUUAUAGCUGCUAAUAACGCGAGUGACAUGUUCUUAGCCACACUAGCAGCAAUAUGCAUCUUAAGCCUAUAGACAGCACAUUUGUGUUCAUCCGUGCACAC